AUGGAAGCCGAAACGAAAACUGUAACCAAGAACAAUUCAACCUGGCUAUUAAGUGUUUCUAUCAUGAAAAAGUUAUUAUUUAUAAUAAUGUUAUUGUGUCUUAUACUUCAGAUCUUGAUGGUGGACAUAACGUCAGGGAAUAACAUUAAUGCUCGUGACGACAAACAAGUACCACCGCAAUCUAAGUUAACAGAAUCACUAAUACAGGAGCAAAAUCAUUCUGUUUCUGAAGAUAAUUGUGAAUUGACUGGAGAAUGCACCUGUAAAAUUGAAGAGUGCGAACCUUGUAAUAAAUUAGAAUUAGAAUUGGUGGCAGAUUAUUAUUAUUGUAAAGAAUAUGGAAACAAAGUGAAGGUUAUAUGCAAAUGGAAUGAUACAUCAAAAAAUGAUAGUGUACAAUAUCGAUCAUGUCGACGGGUUAUAAAACUUGACAGAGCAAAAUACAUUGAAUUUCAGGAAGACAAUCCUGUUGACUCUAUACCGAAUCCUUGA